AUCUGAGAUACGCGAUAAGGUUGAAUAUUUUCACGUGAGCGCAACGUGAAAAAGGGUAUAGGCGACCCUGAAAUGAUUCUCGGGAUUAAAACAUCUCACUCACCGUCGAAAUCCCGCGCGCGAAUCAUGCAUAAAGCGAGGUAUCUCGUGUCGUGAAGGCAAAUUACUCAGUCACAUGUCCUAAAGGUUCAGCCUGAGCUCCUUAGCCAGUUCGGUGCCAAACCACUUCUUAUUCGAAGAUUUUUAUCCCUGCCUCGGCUAAUAAUCUUUCGCGUUCGUGCCCCCAGGGUCGUCGCUAAAACAAGACAAAGAAUGACGUAAUGUUGACUUGUAAUACGACGCUCGGAAGGGAAUAUUUAUUUAUUCUUUAAAGUUCAUUCGUGUGCAUGCAAGCGCGCGUCGCUACCAUGAAGAAUAUAUCGCGUUUGGCUGUCUUUCUUGUGUAUAUUUUCGCCAUCUACGUUCGUGUGCAGUCUAACCUGUGUAGCGAUGUAAAGUAUCGAGCGAUUAACGACCCGAGACGAAGCACGGCGUUUGUGAGUUCAACUACAAGGCUGUGUGAUAGAAGUGUAAUAAAAGGCGAUAUUUGGUACAGAUUUGUUAGUGAGGCUGGGGGCGAACUAGCUACGAAAGCGCCAAAGAUCCAUAGCUGUGGGGCAACCAGUCCUAUCUGGAUGAGAGGUACCCACCCUAACGUUGAAGAAGGCAUCGUAAAUCGAACUGUUUGCUUAGUAGGAGGAGGUAAAAGGAUAUGCACCUAUCGCUACAAGAUUAAAGUGCGUAACUGCAGUGGUUUCUACAUCUACCAGUUCACGCAGCUUGAUCGAUGCGGUUUUUUCUGCGCAGGAUCAAAAUUGGUCAACUGUUCCAAAGAUGACGAGUAUUGUCUUAAAAAUCGCCCUCCGUUUAUAAGUAUGCCUAGACGGAUCUACGCGUAUGAAAACAGUAAUAUUCAGUUGAUCCUCAAUGCAAGUGACCCAGAAGGUUACAUGAUGGAUUACAGUUUUAAUAGUUCGACAAUGACAAACAUCUCGCUUGACGUUUCUCAAGAACCAGCUCUGCUGAACGUCAACCUGACUAAAUCAGGGACAGUAACCCUAAAAGUCACAGACGCCUUUGAAGACCUAACAGCUCAUCAAAAUAUUGAAUUUGUAACAGUAUCCCGCCGUGUUUGCCCAAAUGGCAAGUGUCAAAACAACAUAACAAUGUCGACAGAGCUUGAUGACUUGGUGAACUUUCAAUGUGAAUGCGAGAAACCCUACUCUGGAGAAUGCUGUGAAAUCAGCCCGUGCGACAGCUUGCCCUGUUUCCCUGGCUUGAAAUGCACCGUGACGGUUGAUGGGUACACGUGUGAGAAAUGCCCUUCGAGAUUUGACGGUGACGGUGAAACGUGCAAGCUUCUUGGUACAGAAGACACAGUGAAGGUGCAAGCUCAGUUCACCAUAGUUUCUGGAUUGACGUGGAACAACGAUCUUUUGAACGAAUCGUCGUUUAUUUACAAGAAAACAACUGUUGAAAUUGUCGAAGAGAUCAUAAAGGUCUACGAAAAUAGAAGUGAAUUUGUGCUGGUGGUUGAUCUAACAUUUAAACACAGCAGAGGCGAUGUUCUGGUAGAAUUUCAAAUGGUAUUGAGAAAAAAGAUGGAUGAUCCGUUACUACCACUCAAAACUCAAUUUCAACGGAACAAAAACAAAAGAUUAGGAAGAUUCAAAGUUGAUCCGAACAGUUUGAAAGAAAAAGACACAGUUGUAGAACCUAUCGAUGAUGAUAGACCGUAUCUUGGUCUUAGCAAAACAGAUUACAUAAUCGUCGUUUCUAUGAUAUCCAUAAUAUCGUUGGCGUUCUUGGUUUUGUGUUGUAUUUGUAUAAAAAGAAAUCGUUUUAACAUCGUCGUAUUGUGUAUGAAUGGAAACGGAGACAAUGAUGUUGUCGUUACGAAUCAAAAUGCCAGAGAGAGUACGAAUGCUGUUCCUCACAGAGGAAAGCGAGGGCGAAAUCGAGUCAGGGAUAUUCCCCUUCAAAGCGUUGCAACCUCUUCAGGAGCCGCUAGUGUCUAGAAAAAAAGGUUGCUGGUUCUUUGGGUGUAAGAGCGACGAAAAUUGGAAAAAAGGUUAUCUGCUGGUUGGCUGUUCUGGCUCUCAAAUUGUGUACAGCCAAGUGGUUGCUUACUCGAAUGCAAAUCACGAAAAAGUGGGUUUACAAACGUGGACGUCUUAAACGAAUGUGUUGGUAAUGGACAGACAUUGUUGUUUUUGAUAUGAGCGCUCUUAUCAGGAGCAUAAAAACUGAUUUUAAAAUUUUACUUGUAAUAUGUUGUAUAACG